AUGAGUUCAAACGGGGGCAGCUACGGCUCCGUCACCAACGCGGCGCCGGUCGUCAACGGCGACUCACGCGCCCAUGCCGAUGAAGAAGCACCUCUCCUCGCGGGAGGCAGAAAACCUCCCUCCAAGUCCCUUCGCAAGAAGUUGACGACCGACGUGCAGCGCGACUGGGCCGACCUCGUCCUCUUGGCGUGCUACAUCAUUACCGGCCUCCUCGACAGCUCGUCGAUAUCCAUCUGGGGCUCUUUCGUUUCCAUGCAAACAGGAAACACCGUCUACAUCGGCCUCGGCCUCGCCGCCCCCACAGAAUCGACCCGGUGGAUCAAGUCCGCCACCUCGCUGGGCUCGUUCUGCCUGGGAUCCUUCGUCUUCAGCCGCUUCCACCGCUUCUUCUCGCCGAAGCGCCGCUGGGUUCUCUGCGCGUCCUUCAUGCUGCAGACGCUGCUCUGCGUCGCCGCCGCCGUUAUCCUGACCUUCGGCCCCAAGGCCGGCAAGGACGAGAUCGCGUGGAACGUGCUCAUCCCCAUCGCGCUGAUCGCGUUCCAGAGCUGCGGGCAGGCCGUCACGAGUCGUGCGCUCAAGUACAACGCGCUCACCAGCGUCGUCCUGACUAGCAUCUACUGCGAUCUCUUCUCCGACGCCGAGUUGUUUACGGCACGCAACGCGGAGAGGAACCGUAGAGUGGGCGCACCCGUUUUGCUUCUCAUCGGUGCCAUUUGCGGAGGCUUGUUUGCGCAUAGUUCCGUCGGCAUUGCUGGGGCGUUGUGGACUGCGGCCGUGAUGAAGUUCAUCAUUGUCUUGUCGUGGUUCUACUGGCCCAGCGAGCCUACCGAGGAGGAGUGA